AUGUGCAAAAAGGCUACUUGCAAUAACUGUAAACAAGCAACCUGGUGGGGUUGCGGCAACCAUGUUCCCUCGGUCAUGUCUCAAAUUCCCGAAAAAGAGUGGUGUACUUGUGAGCCCAAGGUAGAAAAGGAAGGGGGAAAGUAUCCUCCCAAGGGAGAUCAACCCGACAGCUGA